CGAUAAGUUUGAAGACGGUUUAUCCUGUGCAGUUAGUAUGUGUUUAAGGUUCAGUGCAACUAAGCUGAUUCGCUUCAUUGGCAAAGCUAUAGAUUCCAAAUACUCCGUCCAUCCUGGAUUACUUGUCGCAGAAAUGGAUAGAAAUAGAUGUAUCUAGAACUAAAAAUAAAUCUAGGUACAUUUAUUUUUGUGACAAGCAACUCCGGAUGGAGGGAGUAGUUGUUUGUUUCAGCUUCUGAUUUUUCCUUCCAAGGCUGAAACAAACAAGGCCUAAGCAAGGUGCAUAUAAUCUGUCAGAUUUAAGAUAUAUUUCUAUCAGUAUUAAUUAGAUUAUAUUGCUUUUUGAACAACACUGAACGUUGUAUCUUUUUAUGUUCCAAUAAUGCGUCACAUUCAGGUUGUUAUACUUUUAUCAGUGAUAAUGAGACCAGAUUCCUUUUGAUCGCUGGCAGUACUAUGAACUUAUUAGUAGGAGUGCUUGACUGUUCAUUCAUAAUACGAUCCCUCCAAUAAGUGUACUUGAAAUCCUAUGCACGUAUUCCGUUCUGUUGUUCCAGCGUUGUCAACCUGCGGCGGCGUUGUGCUGAAUUAACAAUGGUUGCAAUGGAUUGUCAUUUGCAUUUUUCAGUGGUUGGGGGCAGGUAUUUGUAUGGUAUAAGAAAAUGUGAAAAAAAAAGGAAAACUGCGUCGAUCUUGGCUUACUUAAACUCGCGUGCUGAGUGAAGCCACAUCGAGCCUGUACCCGCUAGGAACGAAAAUGGCCCUGACCAUUGCCGGCACCGGCUUCAGCACCUGCACUAGCAAGAAGCUGCGCGUUCUGCUCAUCCCUUUCUUCGCGACCAGCCACAUCGAGCCCUUCACCGACCUUGCCAUCCGCCUGGCCGCGGCCGCGGCCGUGGAGGCGACCGUUGCGGUCACGCCGGCGAACGUCUCCAUCGUCCGCUCCGUGCUGGAGCGUCACUACGGCAAACAUCACACUGCGCCUGUUAAGAUAACGACGUACCCGUUCCCGGCCGUGGACGGCCUCCCGGGGGGCGUCGAGAACCUCGGCAAGGCCGCGCCGGCCGACUCGUGGCGCAUCGACGCCACCGCCGUCAGCGACGCCCUGAUGCGCCCCGCGCAGGAGGCGCUCGUCAGGGAGCAGUCCCCGGACGCGCUCGUCACCGACCUGCACUUCGUCUGGAACGUCCGCGUCGCCGAGGAGCUCGGCGUGCCGUGCGUCCGGUUCAGCGUCAUCGGCGCCUUCUCGUCGCUCGCCAUGCGCCACCUCGAGCUCCUCGCCCCGGACGUCGCCGGCGGCGACCCCGACCCCGACGUUGUCGCCGUGGUCCCUCGGUUUCCGGGCCCUCCGGUACGGAUGCCGAGGGCCGAGCUGCCGGAGUUCCUGAGGAGGAAAGCGGAGGUGGGUUGCUCCACGAGAAACCCCUUCUACGCGGCGCAAGCUGACUGCUUCGGCCUCGCCGUCAACACAUUCUCGGACCUGGAGCAGCACUACUGCGAGAUGCAGAUGCGCCAAGGCUACGUGAAGCGCGCCUACUUCCUAGGGCCUGUCUCGCCGCGGCCAUCACCGGCAGCCGCGGGCGGCGGCGGCGGCUGGCUUGACUCGAAACCAGACCGCUCGGUGGUGUACGUGUGCUUCGGCAGUCUCGCCCCCGUCUCGGACGCCCAGCUGCGCGAGCUGGCUCUCGGGCUGGAGGCCUCGGGAAGGCCGUUCCUGUGGGUGGUGAGGGCGGAGGAGUGGGCUCCGCCGGAGGGAUGGGAGGAGCGUGUCAGAGACAGGGGGCUGAUGGUCACCACCUGGGCCCCGCAGACGGCCAUACUGGGGCACCAGGCGGUGGGCGCGUUCGUGACCCACUGCGGGUGGAACUCGGUGCUGGAGACGGUGGCCGCCGGUGUGCCGGUGCUGACAUGGCCGCUGGUGUUCGAGCAGUUCAUCACCGAGAGGCUGGUCACGGAGGUCCUCGGGAUCGGGGAGCGGCUGUGGCCUCACGGCGCCGGCGUACGGAGCACGAGCUGUGCAGAACACGAGCUAGUCCCCGCCGAAGCUGUGGCGCGGGUAGUGAUGGCGUUCAUGGCCCCUGGAGGACCAGGGGACGCGGCGAGGGGCAGGGUGAGGGACCUUGCCGCAAAGGCUCACGCAGCCAUGGUGGAAGGAGGCUCAUCGCACCGUGAUCUGCGGCGUCUGGUCGAUGAUCUUGUGGAAGCAAGAAGUGCUGCUGGAGGGAUCAAGUCAGUUCUGGCACCCAUUGAAAGUCCCUUCCAUGGUUAAUGUCUAUCCAUCCACACCUCAAGGAUGUCAUGGACUGCUUGUGGCACCAUCUGUUUAUUCGACAUUUUUUUUCUUCCGAAUUUGUAUAGUGUCUAGGGCACAUCUAGAUGUGCUCUAAUUAUUGCAUAUCUAAGUGAGUAAAUCAAGUAUAAAAAGAAAAAGAAAAAGAAAAAUAUUCACACGAAUCUCAAUGUAAGAUCAAUAACAUAGAACUUAGAUGUGCAAUAUUUAUGACACAUCUAGAUGUGUGCUUUAGCAAAACUGUUUGUAUAUUCGACAUUUGCCCUUGUAAUUUCCCGGCCUCUCAUUUCUUCA